GGCCGAGCGGAGGCGGGUCCCACCGUGCCGCAGUGUUCGCCUGGGCCCGACCUGGGCCCGGCCUGGCCCGGCAGGAAAAGCCGCGGCUGCGCGAUUCGCCCGGGCUGCGGCUCAGGCCGCGCUUUGUUUGGUUUCGGGGCCGGCACUCUCCGUCCCCACCCCUCCUUGGGGCUUCCCGGCUGGCUCACCCACCCCACCAGAGUCUGUUGGCGGCCGGGGGCGGGCAAAGGGUGGGAUUUUUCUCCCCCUUUUUGCCGCCUGGCUGGGUCUGGGCUCCCCCUUUCUCGUGAUGAUGUUCCUGCAGAUAUGGUUGCAGAAGAAUCAGGUCCUGGUGCACAAAAUAGUCCAUACCAACUUCGUAGAAAAACUCUUUUGCCAAAAAGAACAGCGUGUCCUACAAAGAACAGUAUGGAGGGUGCCUCAACUUCAACUACAGAAAACUUUGGUCAUCGAGCAAAGCGUGCAAGAGUGUCUGGGAAGUCACAAGAUCUAUCAGCAGCACCUGCUGAACAAUAUCUUCAGGAGAAACUGCCAGAUGAAGUAGUUUUAAAAAUCUUCUCUUAUUUACUGGAACAGGAUCUUUGUAGAGCUGCUUGUGUGUGUAAACGCUUCAGUGAACUUGCUAAUGAUCCCAUUUUGUGGAAACGAUUAUAUAUGGAAGUAUUUGAAUAUACUCGCCCUAUGAUGCAUCCUGAACCUGGUAAAUUCUAUCAGAUUAAUCCAGAAGAAUAUGAACAUCCAAAUCCAUGGAAAGAGAGUUUUCAGCAGUUGUAUAAAGGUGCACAUGUAAAGCCGGGAUUUGCUGAGCAUUUCUAUAGUAACCCUGCAAGAUACAAAGGAAGAGAAAAUAUGUUGUAUUAUGAUACUAUUGAAGAUGCCCUUGGUGGAGUACAGGAAGCACAUUUUGAUGGGCUUAUCUUUGUUCAUUCUGGGAUAUAUACUGAUGAAUGGAUUUAUAUUGAAUCUCCAAUCACUAUGAUUGGUGCAGCACCUGGGAAAGUGGCAGACAAAGUUAUCAUUGAAAACACUAGAGAUUCAACUUUUGUUUUUAUGGAAGGUUCUGAAGAUGCUUAUGUUGGCUAUAUGACCAUACGAUUCAACCCUGAUGACAAAUCUGCUCAGCAUCAUAAUGCCCACCACUGCUUAGAAAUUACAGUGAACUGUAGCCCUAUUAUUGAUCACUGUAUCAUCCGAAGUACAUGUACAGUUGGUUCUGCAGUGUGUGUUAGUGGUCAAGGAGCAUGUCCCACCAUCAAACAUUGUAACAUCAGUGACUGUGAAAAUGUCGGGCUUUAUAUAACAGAUCAUGCACAGGGAAUAUAUGAAGAUAAUGAAAUUUCUAAUAAUGCAUUAGCUGGGAUAUGGGUUAAAAAUCAUGGAAAUCCAAUUAUUAGACGGAAUCACAUUCAUCACGGACGUGAUGUUGGUGUGUUCACAUUUGAUCAUGGCAUGGGUUACUUUGAAAGUUGCAACAUACACAGAAACAGGAUAGCAGGCUUUGAAGUGAAAGCCUAUGCUAAUCCCACAGUGGUUCGCUGUGAAAUUCACCAUGGGCAAACUGGAGGAAUAUAUGUCCAUGAGAAAGGAAGAGGACAGUUUAUAGAGAACAAAAUCUAUGCAAACAACUUCGCAGGCGUAUGGAUUACCUCAAAUAGUGACCCAACAAUAAGGGGGAAUUCUAUAUUUAAUGGAAAUCAAGGAGGAGUUUACAUCUUUGGUGAUGGACGAGGACUUAUUGAAGGAAAUGACAUUUAUGGCAAUGCAUUAGCAGGAAUUCAGAUUAGGACAAACAGCUGUCCUAUUGUUCGACAUAACAAAAUUCAUGAUGGGCAACAUGGUGGGAUUUAUGUGCAUGAAAAGGGACAAGGUGUAAUAGAAGAGAAUGAAGUUUACAGCAAUACUCUUGCUGGAGUCUGGGUGACAACUGGCAGCACACCAGUACUGAGAAGAAAUCGGAUACACAGUGGAAAGCAGGUUGGUGUUUAUUUUUAUGACAAUGGACAUGGUGUGCUAGAAGAUAACGACAUCUAUAAUCAUAUGUAUUCAGGGGUUCAGAUAAGGACUGGAAGCAACCCUAAAAUUAGACGCAACAAAAUUUGGGGAGGACAGAAUGGUGGAAUUCUAGUUUAUAAUUCUGGUCUAGGCUGUAUAGAAGACAAUGAAAUAUUUGACAAUGCAAUGGCUGGAGUCUGGAUUAAGACAGAUAGUAAUCCUACACUAAGAAGAAAUAAAAUCCAUGAUGGAAGAGAUGGUGGCAUCUGUAUAUUUAAUGGGGGUCGAGGUCUCCUUGAAGAAAAUGAUAUUUUCAGGAACGCUCAAGCAGGUGUUCUUAUCAGCACUAAUAGUCAUCCAGUCUUAAGGAAAAACAGAAUAUUUGAUGGAUUUGCGGCAGGUAUUGAAAUUACAAAUCAUGCAACUGCAACACUAGAAGGCAAUCAAAUUUUUAACAACCGAUUUGGAGGCUUAUUUUUAGCAUCUGGUGUUAAUGUGACAAUGAAAGAUAACAAAAUAAUGAACAAUCAAGAUGCCAUAGAAAAGGCUGUUAGUAGAGGACAAUGUUUAUAUAAAAUAUCAAGUUAUACCAGCUAUCCCAUGCAUGACUUCUACAGAUGUCAUACUUGUAACACCACAGAUCGAAAUGCCAUAUGUGUGAACUGCAUUAAGAAGUGCCAUCAGGGACAUGAUGUAGAAUUUAUUAGACAUGAUAGGUUUUUCUGUGACUGUGGUGCUGGAACACUGUCCAACCCUUGUACAUUAGCUGGUGAGCCUACACACGAUACAGACACAUUAUAUGAUUCUGCUCCACCUAUAGAAUCUAAUACGUUGCAGCACAACUGAAUUCCUCCCUAAAGAAAAAGUCCUGUCAUUCUAACAUCGUAACUUAAAAACAUUUUUUUUUUGGAAGAUUUAAAAUACUUGCCCAUGCUACAGAAAGAGACUGUACUGAAAAGAUGGAUACACAAGGUCAGUUGACACUAUGAAGCUCAAGCUACCAAAAAGAAAGUGGCAAUAUAUUGACUCAGGAUCUCAAAGCUGGGUAUUUUAGCAUUACUGUGUAAAGACUUUUGAAGGGACAGAAGUGAAGCUGCAAUUCUGUACAGAUACCAACUUCUGAAAAAGCUGGUGUUUUUACAACUAGCAUUGAAUGCAGUCCGAUUUGCAGUAGUAAUCUUCAAAUAGACAAGCAGCUUUGUUGCUGCCUUUAUGGACAUGGGUACCAAUUGCUUUUGUAAUAUGGUAAAAAUGUGAGCUAGCACUUCUGCAUUGAUUUUUUUAACAUGUAUUCAGAUUGAGAAUAUGAUUUUAAUGCUUUAAUCUCAUGUAGUUUGUUUUUAAUUUCAAGCAAAAUCUUAUUGUACUUGAAUGUGCCCUGUUUUGUUAGCACACCUAGACUUGCUGUAACUGUACUCAUGUCCCAGUAUGUACGUUCUUUCUAUGAAAGAGAAAAACACUAAUCUUAAAUUAUAUCCAGCAAUGUUUCUGGUAUCCUUUAAGAAAAGUUAAAACUAUUAUUUCCUUCCCUCUCCUGUGCAGCAUUCAAAAAAAAAAAAAAAAUUCAUCCCUAGAAAAAAAGUUGAGUGUGUUUUAAUGAGACUUCCUAGGAAGGGAUGCACUGUAAACAAAAGUAUUCUUGUAUCUCAGUUUUGUGAAAGGUAAAAACUACUAUGUUUUAAAGUUCACUUAUUAGAAAGUCUCUUCAAAACAGGCCUGUAUUUGAAUUCUGUUCAUAGUUUUUAUUUGAACAGUUUAGACAAGAUGGCUGGAAAUUAAAAGUUUCCUACAUUAAGCUGAGACCAGUAUAUAUACAGCCCUAUACAGUUUCAUAGCUCCCCCUCCCAUUUAUGUGUAUUGGUGACAGUGGGUAUAAACAGCCUGAAAGUGUAUGCAUGUACCAUAACAUCUAGACUUAAUAUAUUGUGGAGUAUUCAAUAACCAUUAUGUAGAAGGUAGAUGAGAAUUAAAAGGGUUUAAUUUCCUAGAAAGAAAAUGGAAAAAUGGUCAUUUUUAAAAAAUAAAGUUUAUUAGAUCAUAA